AGCGGAGGGGGAGCCGCGGGGAGCGCGCGGGACGCGGCCCGAGGCCGGGCGCGAGCCGGGGCACCGGGCGGCGGCGGCGGCGGCGGCGGCGGCUGCGCGCGCCAUGUCGUUCAGUGAGAUGAACCGCAGGACGCUGGCGUUCCGAGGAGGCGGGUUGGUCACCGCCAGCGGCGGCUCCACGAACAAUAACGCUGGCGGGGAGGCCUCGGCUUGGCCUCAGCAGCCGCAGCCAAGACAGCCCCCGCCGCCGGCGCCGCCCGCGCUUCAGCAGCCCAAUGGGCGGGGGGCCGACGAGGAAACGGAAUUGGAGGGCCUGGAGCCCCAAGACUUGGAGGCCUCCGCUGGGGCGGCCGCUGCUGCGGCUGCCGCGGCCGCCGCCGAGGAAGCUAAGGAGUUGCUGCUCCCCCAAGACGCGGGCGGCCCCACCUCGCUGGGCGGCGGUGGCGCGGGGGGCCCCUUGCUAGCGGAAAGGAACCGUCGGACUCUGGCCUUCCGAGGAGGCGGCGGCGGCGGGGGUCUCGGCAACAAUGGCAGUAGCCGCGGCCGGCCCGAGACCUCGGCGUGGCCCCUGAGGCAUUUCAAUGGACGAGGGCCGGCGGCUGUGGAGCUGGAGCUGGACGCGCUGGAGGGGAAGGAGUUGAUGCAGGACGGCGCGUCCCUGAGCGACAGCACCGAGGACGAGGAGGAGGGGGCGAGCCUGGGCGACGGCAGUGGGGCGGAAGGCGGCAGCUGCGGCAGCAGCAGGCGGUCGGGCGGCGAUGGCGGGGACGAAGUGGAGGGCAGCGGUGUGGGAGCUGGCGAAGGAGAGACUGUCCAGCACUUGCCGCUCGCGCGGUCCAAGUCCCUAAUGCAGAAGCUCCAGUGCUCCUUCCAGACCUCCUGGCUAAAGGAUUUUCCCUGGCUGCGGUAUUCCAAGGAUACUGGCCUUAUGUUUUGCGGCUGGUGCCAAAAGACCUCCGAGGAUGGGGGCAGCGUGGACCUGCCCCAGGUGGGGCACGAUGAGCUUUCUCGAGGGACCCGCAACUACAAGAAAACCCUUCUCCUGAGGCACCACGUCUCUACCGAGCACAAACUCCACGAAGCCAACGCCCAGGAGUCAGAAAUACCAUCAGAGGAGGGGUACUGUGACUUUAAUAGUAGGCCAAAUGAGAACUCUUAUUGCUAUCAACUUCUUCGACAACUAGAUGAACAGAGAAAGAAAGAUAUCCUUUGUGAUGUCAGCAUUGUGGUGAGCGGAAAAAUCUUUAAAGCUCAUAAGAACAUCCUGGUUGCAGGCAGCCGUUUCUUUAAGACUUUAUAUUGCGUUUCAAACAAAGAAAGCCCUAACCAAAACAAUACUACCCAUUUAGAUAUUGCUGCAGUUCAAGGUUUUUCAGUCAUCUUGGACUUCUUGUAUUCUGGUAACCUGGUGCUCACAAGCCAAAAUGCCAUUGAAGUGAUGACAGUGGCCAGCUAUCUUCAGAUGAGUGAAGUUGUUCAAACUUGCCGAAAUUUCAUUAAAGAUGCCUUAAAUAUAAGCAUUAAAUCAGAAGCUCCAGAGUCUGUAGUUGUGGACUAUAACAAUAGAAAACCAGUUAAUAGAGAUGGUCUGUCUUCAUCACGGGAUCAAAAAAUUGCCAGCUUUUGGGCAACACGGAAUCUUACCAAUUUGGCAAGUAAUGUAAAAAUUGAAAAUGAUGGUUGUAAUGUCGACGAGGGCCAAUUAGAAAACUACCAAAUGAGUGACAGUAAUUGGGUCCAGGAUGGUUCUCCUGAAUUGGCUGAAAAUGAAUCUCAAGGUCAAACAAAAGUGUUUAUUUGGAAUAAUAUGGGCUCCCAGGGAAUUCAAGAGACUGGCAAAACAAGGAGGAAAAACCAAACUACAAAGAGAUUUAUUUAUAACAUACCACCUAAUAAUGAAACAAAUUUAGAAGAUUGCUCAGUGAUGCAACCACCUGUUGCCUAUCCAGAAGAAAAUAAGACGCUAAUCGUCAAGGAAGAACCAGAUUUGGAUGGUGCUCUCCUCUCAGGGCCAGAUGGUGAUAGGAGUGUGAAUGCAAAUUUAUUGGGUGAAGCUUGCUCUGGUCAAGAUGGAGGUGAUGCUGGUACUUCACAUGACUUCAAGUAUGGUUUGAUGCCUGGUCCCUCAAAUGAUUUCAAAUAUGGAUUGAUACCAGGUACUUCAAAUGAUUUCAAGUAUGGAUUGAUACCAGGUGCUGCAAACGAUUUCAAAUAUGGAUUAUUGCCAGAAUCUUGGCCAAAACAAGAAACUUGGGAAAAUGGUGAAUCAUCUCUAAUCAUGAACAAGUUAAAAUGCCCUCAUUGUAGCUAUGUAGCCAAAUACAGACGAACACUAAAAAGGCACUUGCUCAUUCAUACGGGAGUGAGAUCAUUUAGCUGUGAUAUUUGUGGAAAGCUGUUUACUCGAAGAGAGCAUGUAAAAAGACAUUCCCUGGUGCAUAAAAAGGAUAAAAAGUACAAAUGUAUGGUGUGUAAGAAGAUCUUCAUGUUAGCAGCCAGUGUUGGAAUAAGACAUGGUUCUCGGCGCUAUGGUGUUUGUGUAGACUGUGCAGAUAAAUCACAACCAGGAGGGCAAGAAGGUGUAGAUCAGGGACAGGAUACAGAAUUCCCUCGGGAUGAAGAAUAUGAAGAGAACGAAGUAGGAGAAGCUGAUGAAGAGUUGGGUGAUGAUGGCGAAGAUCAGAAUGAUCCGUCUCGAUGGGAUGAAUCAGGAGAUGUUUGUAUGUCUCUAGAUGAUUAACUGACCUACUAUACUCCUCAAGGAUGCUGCAUUUGGACAUAAUAUGAAUCGACAAUUUGGAUUGUUGAACUUGAAGGCUUGCAAAAUAUGGUACAUGCUGGAUGAGGUAGUUACAUUGCUGUGAAAACUGUAGGGUCAAAGCCUUAUAGCAAAAAAAAAAAAACCUUUUUUUUUUUUUUUUUUUUAAAUAUUUGCACAGGACUGUACAGCAGACAACCAUGUGGUUGGAUUACAUGGAGUCCCCACAUAUUCAGUCAGUUAUCAAAAUAAAAUAUUUUUUAUUUAUAGGAUAUACAGUAGCUAUUUGGGUCCUUUGAAAAUAUUACCUGUCCUUAUAGAGCUUACAUUCAUGUGCUACUUCAACAUGAAUGCAGAAAAUCCAUUUAGGAAGUACAGUGACAGUGACCCAAUCAGUCUGUCCAUCAAACCACUCAGGCUAGUUUGUACUAGUAGAGUUUUGUUUCUAUUUUUAUUUUUAUUAAUUUUAUUUUUUUUAAUACAGAUUUUCAGUGAGGGGCUUUUUCAACCCCGUUGGUUCUAUUUUCUUGUACUUUACAUUUUAAUUUGCUCCAUAACUUAAACCAAGUCUCUUCUUCGGUAUUAUUUCUCAAUUUUGUGCUGAUGGGCAUGUUUAUAAGAACUGGAGAGGUAAUUUAUUGGAAUGAACUAACUGACUUCCCCCAUCCCCUUUUUCCUUUUUGACAUGAAUUUUACUACUUCACAAAUGAAGAGAAUGAUGUUGCGAAGUUACCUUGGCGAAGCUGACAAAUACCACUAAAAUGAUUAUGAUUUAGAAAUACCUUUCUCCUGCUGCUCUAAUCUGAUAAAUGGUUACUACAUGACGUUUUCUGCCAUGAUAUUUGGUUUUGGGUAUCUGUUACUUUGGCACUAUUCUUGUUUGCCUCUUUAUUUUUGCCAGUGUACUAUACCUCAGACUUAUUGCAAAGACAGAAAUCUAAUUGAAAGAAAAGUCAUAGAAAUAAUAAGUAAAAUGAUUUGUUUUGUAAUUUAUCCUCCAUGUCCAGUUUGGUUAGCUUGUUAUGCAAUAUAAGUGAAAUAUCAGGUUUUUAUUCCUGUGCCCUUUUUAUCAUUAAAAUUAACACAAAACGUGCAUUCUCUUGUUUCAUAUUUACCGGGAUAUUCAGUGUUUCAAAAUUAUGAUUGAUAAAGUUAAUUUAUUUUUCUAUUCCUUAAAGUCAAUGUCAUCUUUAUAGUUUUGUUUUCGCCAUGAAUCAGCAGUCUACAAUAAUAUUAAAAUAGCAAGAGGCUUUAUUCUAUUAACUAAAUUCAGGGUACAAAGAGUGAUGCAUUAAAUUGAAUUUGUUAGAGAUUUAUUAGCCUGGUGGCAAAUGAAUUAGCCGAUCCACGGAACUCUCAGCAACAUUUCAUGUAUUAAUGUGCACAACAUUUAUCAGGAGCAUAUUAUAUACAUUUUAAGAUUGAGGAACAUCAUAUUUUCAGUUUUCUUUUAAAUAAAAAUGGAAUAUAUUUUCCUAUUUUAUAUCAGGUAACUAAAUUAUACUAGUUGUGUGGGAAAAAUUGCAAAGAUGCUUUGACAGAUACAAUCCUUUUUGGUGCUCCAUCUGAUCAAAGUUGAAAAGUUGAUGCUUUUUAAGAGACAGGCUUUAUCAUUGUCUCAGAUUUCAGUAGAAAUGGCUUAAUGUUAGACAAUGAUGUUUCUGCUUGGAUAGAUUAUCAAAGAUAAUUUACAGUUUCAUGGUUAGAUGCAGUUUUUUGACAUCUGAACUUUCUUGUAGUUUCUACAUAACUGUAAACCUGACAGAUAAGUAGUUUUGGUUUGACUUUUGUUUAAAACUAAGAGUUCAUCUUAUUCUCAGUGUUCUAGACAAAUAAGUAAAAUGUAAUUCUGGUGAGGUCCAAAGUAGAAAUUAGUUGGGCAAAAGAUACUAUGAAUGAAAAAGUAUUUUAAACGUAAAAUGUUCUGCUUUGUGAAUAUGUAAGUAUAGCAUAAAGAUUUCUUUCAUCCCAUUUAUCCCCUUCCUUUAAAAUAAACCAUAGUUUACAAUUGGUAGAUCUGUCUAUAUAUAAAUAUAUAUUAAAGAGCAAAGAUAUAUAUCUAAAAAAAUCACCUAAAUCUGCUUUAUUAGGCUAUAGUUCACUUAUUGCAUAGAAACUGGACUUGGCUUUACAUUCUUAAUGUACUUUUACUUUUCCUGAAGAUAUGAAUUUAUUCUCUUGAAACUGAAUUUUCUUUUAUGACUUAAAUCAUUUAUGUAUAUCUGGUAAAUUAUGACCAAAUUUUUGUUAGAGUUUGCAUACAGUAAAUUGAAAUACACACUUGGUACACUACGGGAUUGUUGUGCUUUUGUUUUGGCUUUAGUUGGAAGCAAGGUUUGAUGUAGAUGGCUUGUUACUGUUAAUUUAAAGUAUUCUAUAAUUGUCCAUUACCUUUAAUGUUGUGUUGUGACAGAUUUGGCUAUAUUUUUAGUCAACUGAAAUAUGCUACUUUAAAAGUUUGUUUUUAGGUAAUCCAAAGGAAAAAUGUUUAUACUCUUGAAUAUAUUAGCCUCAGCCUAUAUAAAAAUUUCUUUGAAGUAAACAUUUUACCAGAAACAGAAUCGACAGAUUUUUCUACUUGCUGACUGCCUAACUUAUUUUGUUUCAUGAUCUCAAGGGACUGCCUUUUCCCUUCUAGAUCUUUUGUAAAAAAUAGUUUUAGUACUAAGGUAUACUACUGGACGUUUCUAUUUUUUUAAGUAUAUUCUUUUUCUGACUUAACAGUACAACAAUUUCAGGAAGUUGAUAGAUAACUAAGACUUAUGAUUGGUCUCAGAGAUAACAAUGGAAUACUCAUAAUUUUGUCUGGGACUCUGGUGAAAUUAUGUGUAAAACAGUUGGUGAAAUUUCCUCCUGUAAUUUAUAUUUUAAAUGAAAAUAUUUUAGAGCUUUUAAUUUUAAUGAUGGGGAAGAGUAUAAACUGUUUCUUUCAUAUUUACUCUAGUAACAGACCCUCUCAUAAGUCUCAUAAGAUCAUGUACUAUUAGGAUUCUCAGACAGUUACUUCCAUGUGGUCCCCUCAUUGUCAUAGUUCUUGGUCCUCAUUUUCCUUAUUUAUUAGAUGUUAUGCUAAAUUUAGCACCUUAUCAAUUAGAGUUUAUGAAACAUUACAGGAAGGGGAAACUGGACAGUAGCAUGUAGCUUUCAAAUUUGGGGGGAAAAAAAACCUUAGCUGGUUUAAGUAGAACCAUCCUGAUGGAGUGAGCCAAAUGAGUUAAUUCAAAAACAUGGUUAGAACGCUGGUGCUUGUUAGAUGUAUAAUACAUCUGAGUUGUUCAGUGGACAUGAACCAAGAGGAAAUGAAAAAGGAGAGCAGAAAUGAGGGUGGAAAUAGAAAAUGAAAGGAUCAGGACUUACAAAUGUACAUUGAAACAAUAUAAAAAGCCUGAAGAUGACUGGAGUAGUGUAAUAUGGGGGAAAGUGUUGAAAAAUAGGUUUUUAAAUGACUUAAAAUAUAAAACUUAAAUAAGCUUUAUUUAUAUUUUUAGAGUUUUUCUGAAUACAGCAUGGAGGGUUUAGAUUCAUUUUUCUGAAUAUGAUCCCCAAAGCUAAUUUUUUGAGUGCCACAUUUGCCAUUGUGCAAUUUAUAUUAUUUAAUCCCUUACAAGGUAGGUGCUAUUAUCUCUAUUUUAUAGAAGAAAGGCUCAGAGAACUUCAGAAACUUGCCUAAUUUAAAGCAGCUAUGAUACAGAGCUGGGACUUGACCAGAUCUGAUUCUGAAGCCCAUGCUCUUUCUAGGUAGCUGUAAUGCUGCCUCAUUGAACAACUUUUUUGUAGAAUUUCAGCUCUUUACAGGAGUCUCUCUAUGGAGAUUUGUAUUUUCCCUAUGUAACAGCUAUGUUAGGAAUUCUGUGUCGUCUUCCCCCUACCACCCAAUACCCUUGCAACUCUAUCCUGAUAAAACAGUUUGUUUUGUCACUUUGAUCAUAAGACACACGACCUCAGUGUAGCACAUGCUGUUAAUGGGCUGUGGCAUUUUCAUUUUUAAAAGGAUGGUUUUUAUCUGAAUAACUAGCUAUAAGCCCCAGUUUUUGUGCUGUUCAGUCACCCAGAUCCUUAAACUUAACUAUGGUACAUAAUAUACUCACUUAAACUAACCACCAAGGUGUUUUCUUAGUUACUUUAGGAUUUUAAUUUAAAGUUUUUUCUUUUUUUUUUUUUUCCUCUGCUGUAUCCCUGCUUUUAAGUGAAGUUGAAUGAUUCUAGGUAGUUUAAAAUGUUUUAGGGAUAAGCACACUUUAAAAAAUGUUUUUCUAGCCCUGAAUUCUAUGACAUUGGGUACUUCACACUUGGAGUACACUUGGUAUUGAGAACAAAAUUGUGGAUUGAGAAGGAGAGGGGUGGUUGAGGCCAUUAUGAAAUGGGAGAAUCAGCAUUUUAAACACUGUAAACAUUAAAACACUUUUCUUCUGCCUGCUGUUUGUAAAAGCUCUUUGGGAAGAUCUUUUACGAAGACCAAUUUUUUUUAAUGUAAUUUACCUACCUAAUAUUAAGUGUCCUAAGACAUGUAUGUAAACUUCCAAAACUGUUUUGUCUGUGUAUUUAGAAAAUACACAAGAAUCUUUAUCAAACCUAAAAAUAUAAACUUGUGAGCACUAAA